AUGGAGACUGAGGUCGCAGACACCGAUCCUGCCGCCACUUCCCUCGAGAACGACCAGACCGUCGCCAAUCAAGCUGGGAAUAUGGAGGAACAAGGCCAGUCUGCGGAGACCGUUGAAGCCGCUGGCGCAGCGCCAGUUGAAACCGUCAUGCCAGAGACUGGAGGAGCCAAAGGAGGCGAGCCGACCAAGGCCGACGACGCGCCAACCGCCAAUGGUGACUCCAAGACGGAAAAGCCAGAGGAGAGGACACGGCGAAAUGGCGACGAUCGGGAGCGCAAACCAUUUUCGCGCCCCCAACGCAACGUGAAGACCGACUUCUCUGCUCUAGCCGAGAGCAGCGACCCCGACGAGAUCAGAAAGCAGGCACGACAUCUCACACUCAGCCCCCACCGUACAUCGUCAGUCGAAUUCUACUUCUCCGACUCAAACCUGAUUCAAGACAAAUUCCUACUCGACCUCGUAGGCGGGCACGAAAACCGCGCCGUCCCGAUCAAAGUAAUCCACUCCUUCAAGCGGAUGCGACACUUCCAGCCCUACUCCGCCGUCGUCGCCGCCCUGCGCGAUUCCUCCAUCCUCGACGUAACCGCCGACGACGAGCUCCGCCGAAAGACGCCUCUGCCCGAAGAGGUGGGCAAAGACAUCGACGACGAGAAGAUCAAGAUCUUCGAGGACAAGGCCAUGCCGCGCAGCAUCUACGCCAAAGGGUUCGGCGAGGAAGGACCCUCCACGCAAUUCGACAUCGAGGCCUUCUUCAUGCCGUACGGGCCCACGAACCAGAUUCGGCUGCGGCGCACGUGGCAGGAUAAGACGUUCAAGGGGUCGGUGUUCGUCGAGUUUGAUAGCGAGGACACGCAGAAGGCGUUUUUGGCGCUGGACCCGAAGCCGAAGUUUCAGGGCAGGGAGCUGAAGAUCAUGAGCAAGAGGGAGUAUGUUGAGGGCAAGACGGAGGAUAUUAGGGCCGGCAAAAUCCAGGCGAGCGAGCGGCCGCAGUUUAAUGGUAGGGGCCGUGGGAGGGGUGGACGUGGCCGGGGUGAUCGAAACGACCGAAACGACAAAAGGAGGGACAGGAGCAGAAGUCCACGCGGUGAUCGCGAUGAUAAGGAUUGGAGAGGCAGGAGGGAGGACUUCCAGAAAUCGAAGGAUUUCAAGGGGCGAGGGGGUGGGCGGGGCGGCAGAGGUCGUGACAAUCGCGACAGAAGGGAUCGCAGGGAUGAUGACCGCCAGGGGAAGAGGCGCAGAGACGAUGCUGAGGACAAGGGCGAGCAGAAGGAGGACAACUCUGAGACGAAGAAGGCCAAAAUGGACGAGGCGGCACCUGCCGCAAAGUCGGACAAUGCUGAGCCCGCCAAGGGCGCUGAGGUCCCGCCUGAGGUCGCGAAGCCGGCAGAGAAGCCUGCUGCGGUGCAGGACGGCGUUACGACCGGUGCGGCCGCGUCAUGA